AUGCUUUGCUCCGGCCGCAUGCUAGCCUGCAGCGGCCUGAGCCCCGGGAGGCUCCGGCCGCCGCGCGCCUACGCUGACCGGCUGCGUCCCCCGCUCCCCGCCCGCAGGUGGCGGGUCGCCGCCUCCGCCGCGGCUCCCGGCGGUUCCCCUGACCUGCCGUCGUCGUCGUCGACACCCCCGCCGUUUGGCGCCGGGGACGACCAGGCCGCGGCCGCGGCCGCUGCCGCCUCCUCCUCCUCCUCAGGGUUUUGCAUCAUUGAAGGGCCUGAGACAGUUCAAGAUUUUGAUAAGCUAGAUUUGCAGGAGAUUCUUGAUAAUAUCAGGAGCCGCCGGAACAAGAUAUUCUUGCAUAUGGAGGAGAUUCGCAGAUUGAGAAUACAACAAAGAAUAAAAAAUGCUGAACUUGGAAUCUCAAAUGAAGAGCCUGAAGGAGAACUCCCAGAUUUUCCAUCAUUCAUACCGUUUUUGCCUCCCCUGAGUGCAGCUAAUCUGAAGGUCUACUAUGCUACAUGUUUCUCUCUCAUUGCUGCAAUAAUGGUCUUUGGUGGAUUUCUUGCACCAAUUCUGGAACUUAAACUUGGUAUAGGAGGCACAUCUUAUGCAGAUUUCAUUCGAAAUGUUCAUUUGCCUAUGCAACUGAGCCAGGUAGAUCCUAUUGUGGCAUCCUUCUCAGGUGGAGCAGUUGGAGUUAUCUCCGCCCUAAUGGUUGUUGAGAUAAACAAUGUCAAGCAACAGGAGCAUAAACGGUGCAAAUAUUGUUUAGGAACUGGGUAUCUGGCUUGUGCCCGCUGUUCAAGCACGGGAGCUGUUGUGCUUACUGAGCCUGUUUCGACAUUCAGUGAUGGUGAUCAACCUUUAUCAGCACCAAAAACCGAGAGAUGUCCAAACUGCUCUGGCGCAGGAAAGGUGAUGUGCCCCACAUGCCUCUGUACAGGGAUGGCAAUGGCAAGUGAGCAUGAUCCUCGAAUCGACCCCUUUGAUUAA